AUGGGGCUGCUAUGUUGCGCCACCAAGUGCUGCGGCUUCAUUGCACUCUCGCACCUCUGCGCGCUCCUGUUGCCGCUACUCCUUUUGACCGCGCUAGGUCUUUUCUUUUUCACGUACGCAAUCCCUUGGGGAGAGGAUCAGAUCCGUCAGUCGCUCAAUCUCGCGUCCUAUGUCAAUAUUGGAGACCUCAAUGCUAGCUACAUCAAAGCCAAUAGCUGCUCUGGAUGCGUCUUGGGCAGCAACACACAGUGGCCUACUGACACGAUCGGGACACGGCAUUUUCUGGACUCUAAGGCUGGAAACACUGCGUCGAACGUCAUUGCCACGUCUUUGGCUAGUGCAGCAGUGGUCAGUACAGGCUCAAUGCUCUGGGCUUCUGUGAUGCCUAGUGCUGCAGCAGCACUGAGCUUUUCCGGGGGCUUCUACGAGAUGACUCACAUUGUCGAACAGGCUCAGUUUGUAGGCAUGAUCAGUCAGCUACGGAUUAAAGGCGCACCAGCUUUUCUGUUGCAGUUUUCAAAAGAACUCUCGUGGACGAACUUUAAUUUAAUCAAGGAUGGAUCUAGCGCCACUGACAACGCAAGAGAUGAUCAUGACGAUUCUACCCGUAGACUUAAAGAUGCUACAGGUGUCUUUGCAGCAGCUGUAGAGUCUGGACCGGCGAGAUAUGCUACUUUGAUCGGUGUUAAUGCUGACAACCUCUUUUUCUACACACUCGUGACGUUUGCUGGGGUAGUGGCGGUGCUACACGCACUGUUCGUUCUGAUUGUUCUGAUCACGAGUGCUCUAGCCAAGAACGAGUCGUUUGGUGACGUGGCACGCAAGUGGUAUCGCAAGGUGAUUUGGGCCGGUGUGUUGGCUCUACUGCUGGCGCAGUACAUGUUUGCGAUGACCGGAAGCUACUUCAUCUCGCUAGGACCAUUAAGCGGCUCCACUCAUGGCUCCAGCUUACGCUACGCGUUGGGUAUUGCCGCUCUUGCAGCUGUCGUACUCCUUGCCUUUGGACUUGGUGUCAUUGUUAUCGGUAACAAUACCGACGAACUGAAGGAUGUCGGCACUUACGAACACGACCAGCGGCCAUUUAGCAACAAGUACAGCGCCUACUACGAUGAGUACAAUUUCGACAAUCGCUUUUUCUUUAUCCCCCGCAUAUUGGUAGCGGUGAUGACCGGUGCUAUCGUUGGAGUUGUUCGGGAUGCGACGGCGCAGCUAUUGUGUAUCCUGGCUAUUACAAUGAUUUACUUGAUGUUGCUGCUCAUCCGCCAGCCAAAUUUGCUGCGGUUUCUGUAUUUUAUCGGUAUCGCGUCGGUGUUCAUGAAGGUCGUGCUUAUCUGCCUUAUGCUCAUCGUGGCAAGGGACGACUAUUUUCCGCAGGCCGUGCGUGACAACGUGUCUUACGGUAUCAUUGGUGUGAACAUGUUCAUAUUCUCGUUGCUGUUUGUGCGCCAAGCCUACACGAUUAUUCACAAGAUGGUCGUCGCCUGUCGUCACAAGAAUGGCAAGAACAGUUCUGACCUGCAUGCCACCGACAUUAACCUCGAAUUCGGCAACAACACGUCUACCAAUAGCCGCGCUUACGAGGGAGUGGAGACUACACCAGUAGGACGUGAUUGGUAUGGAAAUAAGCCGCAGCAGCAACAGCAUAGUCAGCCGCAGCAGCAACAGCAUAGUCAGCCGCAGCAGCAACAGCAUAGUCAGCCGCAGCAGCAACAGCAUAGUCAGCUGCAGCAGCAACAGCAUAACCAGCCGCAACAGCAACAAUAUCAGCACCACACAAGCAGUAAGUCAUCUGGCUACAGUACCGAGAGCUCGCAUGGUGGUCAUUCGGACCCCGUGCCCAUGUUGGAACCGGCUCCAGAGCCUGUCCCGGUCUUUAAUCGGUCGAGAAGCAAGAACCGUCCACCUGUUUCCCGCAACCGAGAGUAUUCAUUUGGAAGCUCGACACGAAGCACGAACGCUUUUGAAGUGCAUCAUACUGCGCCAGCUCCCGCUCUUGAGCCUAUUCAGGACGAACGAGUCCCAACUUACGACGUGCUGGCAGCCUACCUUGGCACGAAUCAGAAAAAUGAUGAGGCUGUGUCAAAUUCAUCUAGGGAAAAAUCUUCUAGAAGCCAACUUGUGUUGAGAGGACAGAGUUCAUCUCGAGGACAGCAUUCAUCUCGGGGUCGGAAUUUGUCGAGGAAUUUGGCAUCCUCACGAGGACCGCCAUCGUCGGGAGUUCACUCUUUAAGAGAAGGAGCUGCGAUUGCAACGGGAAUGCUGGGCUCUGGACUCGGCUCGCGUCCAUCGACCGUACCAUACGUUAGCAGUUUCUCCACCUAUGGCGCAAAUAGCUCAUCAUCUCGAAAAAAACGCAGCUUUAACAUGGGUAACCUGCAGAAGAACGUGGAUAUCGACGACAUAGAUAUUGAUGUGUACGGAAACACGGACAAGCUGCUUGCGUCUUCAUCGGCCCGGACUAAGGUUGUUCCUGGUGCGUCGAAUGUGGGUCAGAACUUUAACCCAGGAGCUUCAGUGGCCAGCUCACAUGCUAACAUGGACCAGUCUUACGUAAAUUUCUCGGACUCUGGCGUAUCGUCUGUCACCAGCCAGUUGGAUAUGUCGCAGGGAUCCGUAAAGUCGAACGAUACGUUCUCAGCCGCUAUAGGCGCUGCUGGUCCCCAAACGAGCAAGACGAAUGGUUACGGUAGCAGUCCUCAGGCCAAGAUGUCGAUUUUUUCAAACAACUCUGGAAGUAGUUUUGAUGGUGACAGCAGUGGGUGGUUCAAGACUCGGUCAAAGACCGUGAUCAGUGUGGAUGAGGAAGAGAGCGAACCGAUUGAUGCAGAAGGUCAGAGUUACGAGCUUGGGCCAUUUGGUGUGACUCCAUCAGCUUUUGUCCAGCGUGGUUCGGUCGACUCGUAUGGCUCUCAGACACUGACGAAUUUUGCGACAUCCUGUAUCAAUUUCAAUGCCGAAAGUCGUAUUGAAAGAGAAGAUGGUCGGUAUUACCCGUCCAAUCAUCGGCAUUCAGGUGCAUCAUCGAACCAGUCGUUCCUGAGUGCUCAUUCUGAUGAUAGUAUGGGAUACUACGAUGUCGAUAAAGUCCGACGGGACGACCAAAACACUUUGUCGCUAUGA